UCCACCGUGUGCGCAGGUCGUCGAGGGAAGAGGUGGGCGUUUUUACACGGUCGCUUGCUGGGUGUUGAUACUGAGAAGAAUUUUUUCCGACGUCUCCUGCCAGCUUUACAGAUGUUUCUCCCUACGCUCGUAGAGGACAUGCAUCACUUUAAGCCAAGCCGUGAUAGACUGUACACCACCCGGUGCUGCGGGUGUUGCCAUGUUCGAACCGGGACCAUCAUCCUGGGAACAUGGUAUAUGGUGGUUAACCUGUUGAUGGGGAUUCUGCUGACGGUGGCCGUGACGCACCCAGAGAAUGUACCAACCAUCGAUUUGCAGUAUGAGGUCAUCGACCAUUACUUUGCUUCCGAUCGGAUGUCUGAAAAUGCCUGUGUGGGUUUUGCCAUCUCCCUGCUGAUGCUCACCAUCAGUGCCAUGAUGGUGUAUGGAGCCAUCACUCACCGUGAUGGAUGGCUCAUCCCAUUUUUCUGCUACCAGCUGUUUGACUUUGCUCUGAGCUGCCUGGUGGCCAUCAGUUCUCUCACUUACCUGCCUAGGAUCCGGGACUACCUGGAGCAGCUGCCGGAUUUCCCUUAUAAGGAUUAUCUGCUGUCCCUGAACUCAAGCUGCCUCCUCCUCUUUGUGCUGGUGUUCUUUGCCUUCCUGAUCAUUCUCAAGGCUUAUUUGAUCAACUGCGUGUGGAACUGCUACAAGUACAUCAACAACAGAAACAUGCCUGAGAUUGCUGUGUACCCUGCUUUUGAGACCCCUCCUCAGUACAUCCUGCCCACCUAUGAGAUGGCGAUGAAGAUGCCAGAGAAGGACCCUCCUCCCCCUUACAUGCCAGUCUAAGCACCAGCCGUGUCACCAGGACACACACAUGCGCCCCCAGCCAUCAUAUGCAUUCCUACAUGCCCCGUCUAACCCAUUCUGAACACCAUGAAGCCCUUAUUCCCCUCUGAACCUUCUGUGUCUGUGUGAGGUCUUUAAAGAUAUUUUCUUCAAUCUCUCCGCUAUAUUUCUUUAGAGUGUUUAUAGAGCAUCCUGGAGAUGUGAUGGAAAAAUGGUGGGAGAGUUAUAACGCGUGAUAAUGGAUGGAUGAAUGUGGAAGAACAUUUGAAGGAACCCCUCUACCCUUGCUACCCUAGUCCCUCAAAUCCUUUUUAAGUCUUAGUAAAAGGGAUAUGUGAAAAAAAAUGCUUGAAAUUUGCUCAUAAAUCCAGCACCAUUUUAUUAAUAGAUCAAUAUAUAAGUACUGAAGAAUUGUUGAACUAUGACAAUCUGCUUAUUAUAGUUCUUAUUGUUUAGUUGUGUUGCAGUUUUCUGCUGUUUGUUAAGACCUAAAGUAUUCCGCCUUUGCUUUGAUUUGAGUCUUUCGCACUAUUUUGUCUGUAUUUAUUUAGCUUUGCAGUGGUACGGUUCACAGUGUCCUCACCGCUUUGCUGCUGUGGUGUUUGAGCAAAGCUGCUGAGUUUUUGUUUUCCAGCUGGAAAUGAAGGAGAGCAGAAUUGGAUCAUUUCUCUGCCUCUUUCAUCGCCUGACACGUGAAGAUGAACAGCUAGCCUUGUGAUCAUUAGUUAUUGCAUGCUUAUCAACGCCAUCUUCCCAUUACUUUGUUAGUAAUGAUUUUAUCCCUGUGAAAAAGCAGUUGACUUAAAUAAAUGUGUCAGAACAAUGAAAA